AAUAACAACCGGAAACUUGAGUUUAGCUAAGACAUCUUUCCGACGCUUAGAAAAAUGGCAACGUCCUCCGUUCUGUCCACCUUCGCUGCGGCGGCAAUUACUUUGCAACUAUUCUUGUCUCCAGCUUCAGCCUCCCCUCACAUGAAAUACAUUGACGCUAUCUGCGAUCGUUCCCAUGACCAAGCUUACUGUGUUAAAACUUUGACUAGUAAUCCUCCUACAGCUGCUCCCAUUGGCCUGGUUCCAUUGGCGGAGGCUGUGCUUAACUUGGCCAUUUCCCACGCAGAGAAGACAGCCAUUUUCGUGGACGAGAAUGCGAAGAAAGACCCAACGGUGAAGGUUGCGUUUACGGAAUGCCACAAGGCCUACGUGGCCGUCGCGGCUGCUCUCAAGAGCGCAAAUGUGAAGCUCAAGACAUCCCCGGACACAGCUGACUACGACGUCAGGGCUUCAAGCGACCACAUGAGGCUCGUGAAUGAAUUGGUUGGGAAAAACAGUGACAAGGCUUCAACCACACUCAAGGAAAUGAAUGUGCAGAUGGAGAAACUCAUCGAUCUUGCAGCUGGAGCCGCCGAUGCCGUUGACGACGACGAUGAGAACAUUCGCCUUCGCGUCUGAUGGAUGUUAAACCGAGCUGGUGUCAUUUUUUUUGCUUUUUAUUUUGUUCACAAUACAAGUGGAAAUUAAUUAAUUAACAUGCAUACACAUAUAUACAUACAAACUGUGUUAUGAUAAAUUAGUAAUUCAGUUUGUGAAAAUAUGUGGUCAAGUUUUGCAUCUCUUACAAAAAUAUC